GCUCGGCUGCUUUUCCUGCCUGUGUAACGGGCUCUCUGACACAUGAAGCCUGGCGCCCGCGUCUGUCUCCGUCGGCCCCCGCCGCUCGUGUGCUUUUCACCGUCGGUGUGUUUAGUGUCGCGGCUGUCAGCACCGCGGCUCCCCGCCCUCUGCCGCUCUCCUCCCCCGCCUCACUCUCACUUUCUCCCGUUGCUAACGCCAGCUAGCCGCCGCUAGCUAGCUUAGCGGGCUCCGACGACGUGAGUGUGAUAAACAAGAUGGCCACUGUGUUAGCCGCGUUAGCUGUGCAUGUCCGCUUGCCGUGUCUCUGUAGACCGAGCAGCCGCCACACACGCGUCUCUCCCCGCAUUCACUUCUCACUCCGGGCGGUGAAAGACGGAGUCGCUGCAGACAAAGCGGAGACUUUAGCCCGCAGAGAAAAACCCCAUCACCGCCGCAUCCAGAGCCACUGUGAGCACAAGCUGCGUGGCCAGAGAGGAGGGGGGCGGGGGUCAGGUGAGAUACCUGCUCCUCCACACCCUGACCUAUGACCCCGCAGUAUGACCCCUGACCCCGCACUCUUCAGCCUCUUGUUCAGGCAGGGCCCCAUCUCAUGUGGGUGGUGACGUGUGGUUGGAAUCCAGAGGAGACGCUCAGGGCCACGCCCCCUACUCGCAGCCCCACCUCCUCUCAGGACAGGUGUAUCUCUUCUGCGGGGAGUGGAGGAAGGAAGGCCUCAGCGAUAGGUGUUGGACAGAGAGAGGUGAGGAGGAUAAGCUCCGCCCCUCACCAUGACAGACUUGGAGACGGAGUGUUUGAGCCUCGGCCUGCCCCCUGAUUGUUGCUCCCCUCCCCCUUCCCUGGACUCCUCCCUUCAAGGGGACCAUGGCCCAGGUCCGGCCGCCUCUGCCCCGGCGCCCACCAUGGCCCUUCUCGCCUCUGACUGCCCCACGCCCACACUCAGCUCGCUGGCGGCGGAGAUCGCGGAGCCGCUGGUGAUGCUGCCGUGCGUGAAGAGCGAGCCGGAGGAUGGAGACCUGGAGCCCAUCAGGACAGUGGACCUGUCGGAGAUCCAGCCGCUGUCCACCGCCGAGCUGGGCCAGGACCAGAUCAAGAUGGAGAUCAGUGGCCUGGACUACAUUAAGUCUGAACAUCACUGUCACCACGGCAACCACCACCUGGGCCCGUUUCACCAUAGCGACAUCGCAGAACUGGAGUACAAGUCGCACUAUGAGCCUAGCUCCGUGUUCGACUACAUCUCCCAGGUGACCGACACUCUGGACUACAUCAAGUCCGACCACCAUGUGGACUUUCAGUGUUACUACACCACAGAGCUGACCUCCCUGAAGUCAGAGUAUCCCGAGUCCACUCACCUGCACCACAACGGCCUGGAGUCCAUCCACAUGGCCGAGCUCCGGACCGAGCUCAACAAGCUCCGCCCUGAUGCCCCGCUCAUGGACAGCAUGAGCAAACUGGACCCUGAGUUUGGAGGCGGGGCUCUGUACGAGCUGCAGCCGGCCGGGAAGGCGGAGGUGAUGGGAGGAGGAGAGAGUCAAGUCAUCACUACAAAAACCCAGAGUCCGACUGUCAGGAAACCUCGCAACAUGCAGGGGGAUAAGCCCUUCUCCUGCACGCAGUGUGGGAAGAACUUCAGCACGCUGGGAAACUUAAAAACACACCAGCGUAUCCACACCGGGGAGCGGCCAUACACCUGCUCACAGUGCGGCAAGAGCUUCGGCCAGGCGGGGAACCUCAAGAGACACCAGCUGAUCCACACAGGCCAGAAGCCGUACGUGUGCGCGCACUGUCCCAAAGGCUUCACCAAGGCCGACGACCUGCGCUCACACCAGCGGCUGCACACCGGCGAGCGCCCGUUCAUCUGCGUCACCUGCGGGAAGAGCUUCGGCCAGUCCAAAGAGCUGAAGGCUCAUCAGCUGAGCCACACGGGCGAGCGGCCGUUCUGCUGCCAGCACUGCGGCAAGAGCUUCACCAAGGAGACCAGCUACCGCAACCACGUGCAGAUCCACACGGGCGAGAAACCCUUCACCUGCUCGCAGUGUGGAAAGACUUUCAGUAACUCUGGCGUCCUCAAAACCCAUGAGAAAAUCCACUCUGGUGAGCGGCCGUUUGGCUGCACACAGUGCGGGAAGAGCUUCGGCCGCCUUGGCCACCUGAAGGCACACCAGCAGAUCCACACGGGCGAGCGGCCGUACGCCUGCCCACAGUGCGGUAAGACUUUCAGCCAGUCGGGUCACCUCAAAGCACACGAGCAGAUCCACAGACGAGAGCGAGCGGACACGGGCAGCGGCAGUGGUGGCGGCAGCAGCGACGACGGCGGCAACAGUGACGGCGGCGGCAACAGCGACGGCGGCGGCAACAGCGACGGCGGCGGCAGCAGCGACGGUGACGGCGGCAACAGCAGCAGUGACGGCAGCAGCAGCACAGUGGGCAGCGACAGCAGCUAAGACCACGCCCACUCUUCCCUUUAACCUCAGACAAAAAAAACAAAGUAUUAUUCCUUUUUUUUAUAAAUACGAUUUAUAAACUUUU